CAACAACCUCCCGAUCCGCGAUCCGGAGCAGCAGAACCGCCCGUGAGUUUCUGGAGAACACUUCCACCUGACAGUAAACGCGAGUUAUGAAGUUGUGCUGAAGUUCGGAGAUCAUUGUGGAGUUACAGUGAACCCGUCGGAUCCGUCUGGAGAGACAGUGAGAUGGGCAGUAAAGCUUUACCGGCCCCGGUCCCGCUCCACCCGUCCCUGCAGCUCAACUACUCCUUCCUGCAGGCGGUCAACACUUUCCCCGCCGCCGUGGAUCAUCUGUACGGGCUCGGUUCGGUCCAGACCAUGCACAUGAACCACUGGACUCUGGGUUACCCUCACGUUCAGGGCCUCGUGGACCCUCGCUUUCCGUUCUCCGCCGCUCUUCCGUUCGCCGCGCAUCUGUUCCAGCACAAACACGGAUCCGUGACGCGCGUCAUUUCCGCGCUGUACAAGGACAGACCCCGGUUCGACUUCGCCAAUCUCGCCGUGGCGGCCACGCAGGAGGAUCCACCCGGAGCCGGCGAGCUCUCCAAACUGAGCAAACUGUCCCCGGACAGAAAGCCCGCGCGGGGCAGACUCCCGUCCAAAAGCAAAAAGGAGUUUAUUUGUAAGUUCUGCGGGCGACACUUCACCAAAUCCUACAACCUGCUGAUCCACGAGCGCACACACACGGACGAGCGGCCGUACACCUGCGACAUCUGCCACAAGGCCUUCCGGAGACAAGACCACCUGCGAGACCACCGGUAUAUUCACUCCAAAGAGAAACCGUUCAAAUGUCAGGAGUGCGGGAAGGGCUUCUGUCAGUCGCGAACUUUGGCUGUUCAUAAAACGUUGCAUAUGCAGGAAUCACCUCACAAAUGCCCCACAUGCGGAAGAACCUUUAAUCAAAGAAGUAACCUGAAAACUCACCUUCUCACCCAUACAGACCUCAAGCCUUUCUCCUGCGGCCGCUGCGGGAAGGUGUUUCGGCGCAACUGUGACCUGCGACGCCACAGUUUGACACACACACCGCAUCAGGACUAACACACACACACACACACUCUCUCUCUCACACACACACCACACACACACUCUCUCUCUCACACACACACACACACACACACUCUCUCUCUCACACACACACACACACACACACUCUCUCACACACACACACA